AAGGUUUGGAUGGGCCAAGAGUCCAAGAAAAGGAAGAUGGAAUAAGUGGAUCACUCUUAGAACUCGGGACUUUGGGACAUGGAUCCGCAACGCUAUUAUUUUGACAUACUUCAUCGCAAGUGUUAGUCGGUUAUCUCGGUCCGGGCAAGAUUACAGAUCCAUCCGACUAGUGUUCAUCCAAAUCAAGCGCUAUUCAGACCGCUGUUGAAAAAAAGAGGUCGGCGUAGGUUGUCGAUCCAUUUGCUCGACUCUACGUACAUCAAUCACCAAUCAUUCAUUCUCUCAUUGUCAUUUCAACCCUCCGCCCGGCAAUCUUCAGUACCCAUCUACCAAAUAGGACGAGGCAAAGACGCAAGACACCAAAGAAGGGCGACAAACGAUGACAGUCAUCCCACUACAAGGCACAGACGUAAACAUCUUACGUCGUGAUACCGGCAAACUCAGCGAUGAGUACAGCUCUUCUUCAAGCUCGAGCUCUAGCACAAGUUCAGCGACUUCGAGCGGCAGUACCAUAGUCGGGCCAUACGUUACUCCUGGUGGUGGGUGAGUGGAUCAGCAUCCGAGCAAACAGCGAGACGACGAUGGAAUGAAGCUAAAGCAUGUGUUUCCCUUGUUUUAUCCCUUGUGUUAACUGCCGCUGCUGUCUCCGACUGGCUACUUUCGUUAUUUGUAACACCAUCGUGCUGAAAACGUGUCUGAAAAUCGGAUGAUUCGGACCCCAUCCUAUGAAUAUAGCUCAACGACAAUCUACCUCAUUGCAUUGCUCAUCACCAUCAUCGUCCUAGCCGGUAUCUCCGCCGCUCUCGUCUUUCGAGCCUACUACAUGCGCCGCCGCCUCUCACGCGCCAUGCAAGAAUCUGUCCGCACCGGUCAACCUCUUCCUGCUCAUGCCGCUGCGGCGCUUGGGAUUUUCCGCCCAGACCCUUAUGCUGGGGCUCGCAGGGGAGGUAGACUGGGGAAGGAAGUGAAACAUGUGGGUGCUAUGCCGAGUAUGUGGGAGGGGGAGAUGUAUCGAGAUAUAGAAAGUGGGUGGGAGAAAGACGAAGAGGAAGAUAGUUUGCUGGAAAAAAAGGGUAAGGAUGGGAGCUGGAGUGGGGACGAAUGGGACGAUAUCGACCCACUGACCCUUGUCCACCUCACCCCACCUGCCCCAGCACCUCCUCCCGAACUCCUCGCCAUCCCUCAAUUCGAAAUCCCUUCAUACUUUCGCGCCCUCUUCAUCUCCACCCGACCUAGGCCUAUACCCCCAAAUACCACUUAUCACUCUAUCCGUGGCAACCGCGGCAGGGGUGUGAACGGGACACAAGGGGAAGGAGCGGUAGGAACCGAAGAGAUACCUAAAGCCGAACCGAACUGGACGAUCCCGCCACCGGGGGAGGAGAUGCUCCUAGGAGUGAUGAUUGCCAUGCCCACCCAGGGGAAGGGGGAGGAACUUUGGGAGACGGAAGGGAUGGAGGCAGGGGAGGAGAGGGAUUUGCCGAAUGUGGAACUUGGUGUGAUUAGUGCCAAGAUGGGCGAAUAUUGAGAUUGAAAGUGUAAAAGUGUAAAAGUUUUGUUCCGUUACGAAGCGGUUUUUGAUGUGUCCGUAUUGAGCGGCUUGAUAAGAAAGACGAACGGAAUUGUCUACGAGUUGCGGCGAUGAUUGAUGGGGAAUCUUGAAGGGAAUUCAAAGGAGAGUGAAGUUGUCUAGAGUACUUCACAAUUUUGGCCACGAAACGAAAAGAAAAGAAAGAACGAAAUUUGGUUGCAUCUUUUCACUUUAGUAUAGAUUUUACAGCACAAGACGACUUCAGACUGAAACCAUACC